GAUCGAUUUGCCCAAUGAACGGCACUGGCCUUUCUUCUAUCGCCUUUCCCACCCUCCUUCCCGCCUCUUAACUAUUUCUUCUUCUUCUUCCCCUUCUUCUUCUUCCGCGCUCUCUCUCUCUCUCUCUCUCUCUCUCUGUGCAAUUCCUAAUUCUUAAUGCAAUGGCAAUCGGCUGCAUCGAUAACCCAAACCCACUGUCCAUGGCCAAAGACGACACCAAGCUCGAAGACCAGAAGCCCCUUGUUUUCGACGCCGCCGUGCUGAGCCACCACGCCACCAUCCCCUCCCAGUUCAUUUGGCCCGACAAGGAACGCCCCGCCGCCGCCACGCCUGAGCUUCCCGUUCCGCUACUGGACUUGGGGGGCUUCCGCUCCGGCGACUCGGCCGCCGUCAUGAAAGCAUCCAGGAUCGUCCGGGAAGCCUGCCUGAAACACGGCUUCUUCCUUGUGGUCAACCAUGGAGUUGAUCCCCAGCUCAUAUCUCAAGCUCAUGCUAAUAUGGAUUCCUUCUUUGAGCUCCCACUCUGCCUGAAGCAAAGGGUUCAGAGAAAGAUUGGCGAGCAUUGUGGAUAUGCCAGUAGUUUCACUGGAAGAUUCUCGUCCAAGCUGCCAUGGAAAGAAACUCUCUCUUUUCGCUUCUCUACGGAGAAGAACUCAUCCAACAUUGUUGAAGACUAUUUCAGGGACAAAAUGGGUGAAGAUUUUGUCGAAUUCGGGAAAGUUUACCAAGAGUACUGCAAUGCAAUGAGCACGCUUUCCCUUGGGAUCAUGGAGCUCCUGGGGAUGAGCCUGGGUGUAAGCCGAGCCCAUUUCAAGGAAUUUUUCGAAGAAAACGAUUCCAUAAUGAGGCUCAACUACUAUCCACCAUGCCAGAAGCCAGACCAGACCUUAGGCACAGGGCCUCAUUGUGAUCCCACCUCUCUAACCAUCCUUCACCAAGACGCAGUCGGCGGCCUCCAUGUCUUUGUCGACAAUGAAUGGCGCUCUAUCAUCCCGAAUAUCAAUGCUUUCGUCGUCAACAUUGGCGACACCUUCAUGGCUCUUUCGAACGGGAGAUACAAGAGUUGCCUCCACCGGGCAGUGGUAAACAGCAAGACGCCGAGGAAAUCUCUGGCUUUCUUUCUCUGUCCGAAGAAGGAUAAGGUGGUGAGCCCGCCAUCUGAAUUGGUGGACAGCAAGCACCCUAGAAUAUAUCCAGACUUCACGUGGCCGAUGCUGCUCGAGUUCACCCAGAAGCAUUACAGAGCGGACAUGAACACCCUCGAAACUUUCUCCAACUGGGUGGUUCAAAACAACAAAAACCAGCUGGUCUCGUAAAUAAUUGUUAAGCCAUCAGAUCAAUCAAAAUUAAAGCUAGCUUGCUUCUUGCAUGGCAGCCUCCUCCUUGCUUCAGGGAAGCAUUGAUGGAGAAGAUGGGGUUUUCUCGCUAAUCUUUUUGAAGGCAGAGGCAAGGGGAAGGGCCAUCUUUGUUUCUUUCUAUCUCCUCCUUUUUUUUUUUUUGGUUUCUAAUGUUAAUCAGUCAAGUAGACCAGGCGUUAGCUAGAGUAGACGAUAAGAUAGAUAGCUGAAUAAAGAUGAAGAUGGGCCAAUUUUGUAUUUUCUUUCGUAAUAUAUAGAAACAUUUAAUGAACAGCAUUACCUCUUCGCUUUCCUUUUAUAUGCC